GUACUGAUGUGUCGUCUAACUUGUUUUGGUGGCAGCUGUUCUUUGGCCUAUAUUAAGUAGAUUAUAAUUUUAAAUAUGAAAAAAAAGUUGUACGAUCAAGUUUUAAGCUGGCAUGGACCUAUGUUAGGCCUGUUUAUUGAAGAAGAACAGGGGGCGUUUCCAAGAGAUGCUCCAGCAACAACAGAAGAUAGGACUAGCUACCAAGUCCCAGAUAGCAGACAGGCACAUGGACAGCUACAAUCACAGUCAAAGUCAUGUGGAAGCUCAGCUGAAAUUCUCCCAGUUGAAUUUGCUGAGAAAUUGCAAAGAUUCAUAGCUAGGAAGGCAGAUCUACUAUUCAUGGACUCUGGUGAACAUGUUCAACCGUCAAGAUAUGAAAUACAUGUAGAGGAUAGCGAGGAUGAGGAGGAGGAAGGUGACUUGUAUGCAAUACUGCCUCCUCUUGAACAGUUCAUGUCAAUCCAUUCAGAAACCACCGAAUGUCGGGCACAUCUGUAUGAAGCCUUGGAAGCAAAUGACAUAGUAGUAGCACGUGUGGUUAACAUUCGUGACUUUGGUCUCUUUGUAAGACUUAUCUGUUUGUGUUGCAACAAGAAGCGUCAAGUCGAUAAUCUGGAGAUAAUAGGUUUAUGUCCAUCUUCAGAGAUUCCUGCACAGUCCAGUCAUGAAAAUCCUGUUAAUGGUUACCAUGUAAAUGAUUUGCUGAAACUAAGAGUACUUAAAGUAGAAGCCAGCGAAGAGAAGAUACUGCUGUCUCUUUUUGUGCCAAAACACUGGAGUGGAGAUUCACAUGUGGGUAUAAUUACUGAGAGUGAAUUACCGUCACAAUACAAGAGAAGUUUAUUUUUAGCUGACCACAACGAUAGUUAUGAUAAAAUGUUACACAAUAUAUUGGGAUUUUCCAACCCACACUGUGUCAGCUAUCUCACUAAUAUGCUUGGACUGGAUGAAAAAACACCACCAUCUUUACUAAGGGCAUUACACAG